AAAAUCUGGUUCCAGAAUCGGCGUUCCAAGUACAAAAAAAUGAUGAAAGCAGCUCAAGCGCCUGGUACCGGCGGCGGUAUGCCAUUGGGCGGCGGCGGUCCAAAUCCUGGUCAACAUAGUCCAAAUCAAAAUAUGCACAGUGGCGGUAAUAACGGCGGUGGCUCCAACAGCGGCUCACCAUCACAUUAUCUACCUCCCGGACAUAGUCCGACGCCAUCAAGUACGCCUGUGUCCGAGUUAUCACCUGAAUUCCCUCCAACGGGUCUUAGUCCGCCUACGCAAGCGCCAUGGGACCAGAAACCGCAUUGGAUCGAUCACAAACCACCGCAAAUGACGCCGCAGCCACCUCAUCCAGCGCCGCCACAUCCGCAAACGCAUCAUCACAAUCCGCCACCGCAAAUGGGCGGCUACGUACCGCCACAGUACUGGUACCAGCCUGAGACGAAUCCAUCGUUACUAACGUAA